UCCGCAGUAGCUGCGCGUGGUUAGUCUGCUCCAUCCGCCAUCUUCGUCCGUUGUUGGAACACCGGAGUGGUCGCGGAAGCCUUUUAUUAGAUCACUUUGUGAAAACCUUGAAUAACCGGUAACAUCACAGCAAGUCUCCAACAACUCAGUUUCUUUUAGUAAGACAGCAAACGGCGUUGAAAGAUGUCUACCGAGCAGGCCGAAAACAGCACCGAGACAGCAGGCCAACAGCCGGAGCACCAGCCUCAGCAGCAGCAGGGAGAAGUCAAUGGGAAAGCCAAGCAUGAGUCCAGUUCGAGCAGAAAGGAGAGGCCCCAGAAGAGAGGUGGAGGCGGACGCUAUGAACCCUACUCCAACAAAAGAUACCGGGUUUUUGUCAGCAACAUCCCAUAUGAUGUGAAAUGGCAAUCCCUCAAAGAUCUGAUGAAAGAAAAAGUGGGUGAUGUAACGUACGUGGAACACUUAAUGGACGCAGAAGGCAAAUCGAGGGGUUGCGCCGUGGUUGAGUUCAGGAGUGAGGAGCUUAUGAAGAAAGCUGUAGAAAGGGUCAACAAGCACAAUCUCAAUGGAAGACCCCUGAAAGUAAAAGAGGACCCUGAUGGUGUGAUUGCUCAGAGAGAAAUCAGCAAGUCUCACAUUGGGGGACCCCAAGGAGGCCAUGGAGGAAUGGGUGGAAUGGAUCGCAUGAAUAUGGAUCGAAUGGGACCUGGACCAAGUGGUCCAAUGGUCGGCAUUCCCCCAAGCCUAAUGAACAACCCCAACAUCCCCAAUGAAAUUAUCCAUGGUCUCCAGGCUGGCAGGAUUGGCAGCACUGUCUUUGUGGCUAAUCUUGACUACAAAGUUGGUUGGAAGAAGCUGAAAGAGGUCUUCGGCAUGGCAGGCAUGGUGGUGAGAACCGACAUUCUGGAGGACAAAGACGGGAAGAGCAGAGGAAUGGGCACAGUUACAUUCGAAAUGCCAAUUGAAGCAGUCCAAGCUGUCUCUAUGUUCAAUGGGCAGCUGUUAUUCAACAGAGUCAUGCACGUCAAACUGGAUGAGAAAUCCAUGCCCAAAGAUAUGGGACCACCUGAAAGAGCUGCAUCUCUUCCUCGUGGUCUGAGCAGCAUUGGUUUAGGCCUGGGACCUGGUGGCCAGCCCAUUGAUGCUACCCAACUUAACAGAGGUGGUGGUGGCAGCGGCGGAGGAAUGGGCAAUAUGGGCCCCGGAGGAAUGGAUGGAAUGGGUUUUGGCAACAUGGGCGGUCGUAUGGGCGGAGGAGGUGGAGGUGGAAUGGACAACUUUGGAGGAAUGAACAACAUGGAUCGUUUCGGUUCUUCGGGGAUGGGAAGAAUGAACGAGAUGGACCGGGGAAUUGGUGGUGCUUUUGACAGGGAGUUUGGGCGAAAUGAAAUGGGAAUGUCUCGCAAUAAUUUUGGAGACUCGUUUGAAAGAGGAAUGGGAAACAACAUGGGCAUGGAUCGCAUGGGCUCAGGAAUGGAUCGCCUGGGAAGCAGCAUGGACCGUAUGGGAGGGAUGGAUCGGAUGGGCAUGGACAGGAUGGACCGUGUGUCUGACCUGGACAGGAUGGGUUCAGGUUUUGACCGGAUAGGUUCUGGGAUGGAUCGGAUGGGGCCCAGUAUGGACAGGCUUGGGCCUGGCCUAGAUCGUAUGAACUCCAGCAUGGAUCGCCUUGGCCCAUCUGGGUUUGACCGCUUAGGCCCAUCUAGCUUGGAUCGCAUGGGCUCUGGCAUGGACUUUGGCUCCCCAAUGGGAAUGGAUCGCAUGGGCAACACUGGGCUCGACCGAAUGAGCAGCAGCUUUGAUCGCAUUGGCUCAACUGGAGGACUUGACCGCUUCCCCUCUGGUGGUCUCGACCGAAUGGGCUCUGGCAUGGAUCGGAUGGGGUCUGGGGGUGUCGGUGGCCAGUUUGAUCGCUCUGCUGACAUGGAUCGUGGAUUUGGUGGAAAUUCUUUUGGAGGAGCUGGAGGGCCUGGAGCUGGGGGAAGCAAUAUUAGGAAGGGAUGUCAAAUCUUUGUCAGAAAUCUGCCAUUUGACUUUGGUUGGAAGAUGCUGAAGGAAACCUUUAAUGCAUGCGGCAUGGUGCAGUAUGCAGAUAUCAAGAUGGAAAAUGGCAAGUCCAAAGGCUGCGGUGUGGUUCGCUUCGACUGCCCUGAAACUGCUGAGCGUGCCUGCAGGAUCAUGAAUGGCUACCGUCUGAAUGGACGAGAGAUUGAUGUUAGGCUUGAUAGAAAUGCAUAAAUGAUCUGUCCAUGUAAACAUUUGAAAUUUCAUUUAAUCUUUUAUGUCAAACUACCCUGCAUCAUCUGAAAAUGCUCUUUCGCAUUGUCAUAGUGUAUUCAUGUUCACUCGCUUUGUUAGAUCUGUGUAACAGUGAAAUGUUAUUUUAGUUUGUAAUUGAUGGUAUUUUAGUUCUUAAAUUUUACUUUUUUUUUUAGAGACCAAAUGUUGUUUUAUUUUUUUUGUCAUGCGUCAACUGUCAUUGCCGUUAUUCUGUAAGAUGGUUUUGAUAAAAUAAACCUCAGUCUUGGAGUGCUUCUUUUAA